UAUUGUAAACGGGAUCAAAACAAGACAGUGAAUUGAGCUGUGAUUAAACUUUCAAAAACAAUAUCAUAAACAUUUUUACGCUAACUUGACUAUUGUGUUUAGCGAGUGAUUUUUGUCAUAAACUUGAUUUAAUUAUAUCUGGUGAUCUAAUAGUUUUACAAUCAUCGGAAAUCGUGUAAUAUAUCAUGAAACCAUAAAAUGGCGGAAUUGUUAACUCUCUUAGCGGACGCUCCAUUCAUAUUAUAACAUACUGUAUAAUAACAGUUAUACCAGCUGUGUAUGUGAAUACAUGUAUAUAUAACACUGUGUUUAUACGUAGUUGGACUAUUCUUAAGCAAACAGGAAGUUUUACCUAUGUAUAUGCGUCUGUGACAUGUCUUUUCAAAGUGUCAUUGUUCAUUUUAGUCUGCACAAGAUUUUUUUUAACAUUUAAAGAUAAAAAUAACUUUACGAUAUAUACAUCUAGAGUUAUACGACAGUGUGGUUAUCGUUUAUUAUAUAGCGUGUAAUUAAAAUCUAAAAUACAGCAUAUUUCACAUCAAUAUAUAAAAGCAGCUAAAAGAAGCCCCUGUCAUAUUCCUCUAUAAUGGAUUUAAUCGGACGUAUGUGCUUAUGACGGAUAUAUCAUUUUAACUGUAACGAUUUAUGACAAUGAAACGAAUGUACAAAUGAAAACCUAGUUAGUUUGAAAAAAAUCUAUUACUUAAAUGUUUUCAAAACAAAAGCAGGUUUUGGGAAACUGAAACUGAUAAGUUUACUUCUAGUGUUAUGAAUCAGUCAUUUAAAAAGCAAAUACACAUGCGGAAAACAGACGCUAGUGGCGUGAAUAACUAAAAUUCAAAGGUACUUGUACCUUAAUGAAUAUUUUCUCGUUAUUGCUAGUGAGAAGAAUGCUGGUGACACCCUCGACUAAGAAUCGUGUUGAAAUCUAACAUGUCAGGCGGUACAAAUUUAAAUCGACCCUUAUUCAAAUCUUGGGUGAAAGCAUGUAUUGGUCUACGGUACAUGCAAGAUGGAUGCGAAAAAUGCGUAGAGGACGAAAUUAAAUAUCAACAUUCAACAAUUGUCGCAAAGAUCGAAAGUAGAAGCCGGACCCCGGGCUACAAGUAUGACUGCAGUGCUUGUACCAUCGACAAUUUGCGUCCAAUUCACAAGAAAGAAAGCUGCCGGUACAUAAAGAAAAAAUGCCUUUGCGCAAGGGAAUGUAGCCCCACCCGACGACAUUGCCCUCAACACAGCGCCUGUAGCCGAUUUCACGACUAUGUGUGGGAUGAAUAUCAGGAAGGCUCAUGCCCAACGUUUCUCAAUAGCAAUGUGGAACAGUGGUCUAGCAACUUUUGGGAGUUUGGAAAAUGUUUUAUUCAAACACAAGGCUACAAGGCGGUGACAUCAGCUGCAAACACAGAUGCCGCUGGACUUCUUAGCAUCUGUAUUCAUAACAGGACUCUAUGGAACAUGUUCGGACAAUCACAGAUAAUUAAAGACGCACGGAAUACAAGGAAUGCAAUUCUUCACUCAGGGAGGUUAGACGUUCCCAAGGAAAAGUUAGAGGAAUAUUUAGACUCCAUGGUGAAAAUGCUCAGCCUCCCGAAACUUCAAAACGACGACAAUGCAAAACGCGCCAUUGAGAACAUUGAGAAACUUAAAACAGAAAACCUCGAAAUAACAACAGAGGAUGAAUUGACUGCGCGGAAAUCAGCUUUGAAAGCUGUUUCAAAAAAGAUAUCAGAAAUCAAUCAAAUACUUGACGAGACAGAAAACAACGCAGAUCAAGCAAAAGACGAAUCGAAUAGAGAUGAUAUCACAAAUGUGGACCAGCUACACGCUGAGUUGGCUACGUUAACCGUUGUACAAAGUGAACAUCAUGGAAGAAUCGAAGGGUACAUACGCGAAUUGCAAACGCAAGUGACAGGUAUUCAAGAGUCUAUCAAAACGCAUCAGGAAGACCUAAAAGCUAUAGCAAAUGGGUUAGAUAUAAACCAUAGCCUACUAAAGGAAAUACAGGAGACGCAAGUGGUACAAGGGUUGACCAUUACUGAGAUAAAAGACGAUGUAAAGCAGGUUUUGGGUCAAUUCAUCGAAAUGAGGAACAAUGGGAUGGCCAAUGGCAUUCCAAUACCAGUCAUCCGGUUAGUAUUGCUGACGAAGAACAUAUCCAACAAUAAAGAACGAGUUCUUGGGGAGGUGAUAGUUGAGGUAGGCGGACAUGUCAAGGGAAAGGCGAUAUUGAACGACGCGCAGUGGGCUCCAAUAAAACAAAUGGCCGAAGACUGUCUACAGAAAAUGACCAUUGACCACGGGGAGGACCAAAGAGACAUUUUUGAGGUCAAAAACGAAUGCAUUGCGAUAUAUGUUCAAUGUUGGACUUUGCGAUCGCUUAUACACUUGUGUGAACAAUGCAUGUCCGGAAAGUUGACUGAGUUUUUCCGUCCAUUGGAGGAAGAAAUAAAGAGAUGGCUACCACAUUACAGUGACCUUGAACUUGAGGUUGCCAUUUUUGAAAAGGAUUUGACUCGCUGCAUGGAUGUCUUUGUUGGGAGAGUAAAACGAAAGCUGAUGUCAGAACAUGCUGGUGUACAAAUGGCUAUAGUUACUCUGCCAAAUGGUUUAGACGUCCGCCCCAGGCAUACGCUGAACAAUGAAACUCAUCAAGAUGAGUUGUGUGGUGGAGGUGAAACCAAUAGCAAUUUGGAAGAAAUCGGAACGGAUUUGGACGAGACUAAAGUACACAAUGAAACAAUUGAUGCUGAAAAAGAUACAGAAAUAAUAGAAAACGCUUCCGUUUCUCAAGAUGAAGAGGUUCUUUUGACAGACAAACAAUCAGGCGAUAUCGCUAUGCGUGCAGAAAAAGUUGGAAAGGAGAUUGCAACAUCCAGUAUGGGAAUAGAUUUACGGAAGGAAGAUAGAGGGGUUUCUUCGACAGACAGUGAAUCAGGCGAUGUCGCCAUGCGUGAAGAAAAGAGUGGACACGACAUUGCAGCAUCUAAUCAGAGAACACAUUUAUCUGGAAAGACGGAAGGUAACACGAAUAAAGAUGAAGAAGUAAUAGAAAUUUCUUCCGACAUCGAUAUUGCAACAUCCUAUCAGAAAACAGAUUUAUCCGGCAGGAAAAAAGACCUCACAUGUUCAGUAUGUAAUCUGGGGUUUGCGAAAAAAGAGGACUUCAAACUACAUCUUGCUCACCCCUCACAUGCACUGAGACUCACUACACCAUUGAGAAAAUCAUCAAGUUUCCGUGAACCCCCGAAGGGACCAGCAGAAUAUAAACUGUGCCCAAGGUUUGAAAAACAUCAAAGAUGUUCUGUUUGUUGUACGGAUGCACAUGGAAAAGAUGAACUAGAUGAAUGGAAUGCAAUCAGACGAGAACAUAUCGAUAAUAUAAACGUCGUGGGUGUCAACUUGGAAACGCCAGAAAUGGAAAAGGUUGCUGCUAAUUUCCCUCCGUUUGAUUUGCCAGUCACGGUGGAAAGUGUGCAGUAUGCAACCAUCAACCAGACCUCAGAUCUUAGCAUCAGUCUACCGAAAAAACCACUAACUCAUAAGUGGGUGUUUGAAAUACAAAGUAGCAUAUUUCUUCGAAGAGUGACGCUAGCCAACGAUAGUGCAAUCGACGUGUUUUUGAUCCAUCGUGUCUUUGACAAAACGGAAGACACCAUCGUUUAUCCUACUUCACUUGACUGGGAAAACAAAAACAAAUCCAGGAAAAGAGAUUCAUUUCAGUACGAAAUUGAGGUGGAUUUUUCUUCAGAGGUGUACGGUUGUUUCCGUGGGAGGGUUAUCUUUGAUUUUGGCCAUACGCCUGUUGUUUCCAAGCAGCUAACCGUAAGGACAACAGAAAGCACCGAUGUCAGGGCACCAAAACGUUCACAAAGUAAAGAUCAACAUACGCGUUGGCAGGCAAAAGACGUCAAGGUUGUUGAGUUUCAACUAAGAAACCAGGAAGAAAGACAGCUGAUAGAGGAGUAUUCGAUUGAUAAAUUUGAUGAAGGUACAUACCCGUCUACGCCAUCGCCAACUAAACGUGAUUACACAAACCUAAAAAGAGCCAUGGAGAUUUCAUCACCUGAAAUAUUCUCCAAAACGGACGACGAAAAGACGGAUUCAAAAACGUCCAAUACUGGAGAAGAUUACGAACAGACACGUGGGGUAAAUAGACCAACCUUGAGUGAAUACAAACGGCGCAUGCAUAAACUCCUGUACUUCGAAGAGAAAACGCAACUCUCUGUCAUUUCAAAAUUUGAUGGGAAAAGAGAAAUGACAUUUGAAAACGAGUUGCCACCUGUGAUUGAAAUUAGCUCAGAUGCAAUUUACGCAACAAACGGCGCUUUGUUCACAAGUAUUGAGCUGAAAGAUGAGCUGUCCGAAGAUACCACUGCUGGGAGAUUAGUCCUCCGAAACUCUGAUUCUGUUUGGUUGACCCCUGUCUUUGAACAUGCCGUUGGAUCACGAAAAAUACCCGAAAAGGUAUAUGAAGCCGGUGUGCAUCAUCGUCAAAGGAAUUUCCUAGACUUUGAGCUAUCCCCGGUGUGUGUUUCUGAACUUGGUUUAAAGGCGAAACAGACGAGGAAUUUUGAGGUGCAGCUUCAACUGAAUAGAAUACGGUUAUGCGAAAUGCACAAGGCAGUGGAUGAACUCCAAAACCUCGAGAUUGUCUUUCCAAAUUCCGUCUCGAGCUGUGAUGUUGACACCUGUAUUACUGAUAAUGAUCAUUUACGAAAAGAUUUGUCGCUGAAAACGUGCAACGAUAACCAAUACAAAGCAAUAAUAAAAGCUGCAAGUGUGCCGAAAGAACUGUCUCCACCCCUGCUCCUUGUUGGUCCGUUUGGAACGGGUAAAACAUUCACACUCGCCCAGGCAGCAAAGGUCGUUAUCCAGCAAGAUGGCACACGUGUACUCAUAUGUACGCAUUCGAACAGUGAAGCCGACAUAUAUGUUGAAGACUACUUUCAUCCCUACUGCGAAGACAAUCACCAAGAAGCAAAACCUCUCCGUAUCUACUAUCAACACAGAUGGCCAAAUACCGUGUCUGGAACAGUCCGACAAUACUGUCUACAGGAAGGCCAUUCAUUUAGAAAGCCAAGAAGGGAGGAUAUAUUGCGUCACAGAAUCGUUGUUACUACAUUCAGCAGCGCUAAAAUGCUAACGGAAUUUCCGGAAGAUUUGUUCACACACAUAUACCUUGACGAGGCAGCGCAGGUGUUGGAAUGCGAGGCACUAAUUCCUCUAUCUAAGGCAACAAAGUCCACUAGGGUUGUGUUAGCAGGAGACCAAAUGCAGAUGAGUCCUGAGAUAUAUUCAUUAGAAGGGAAAAAAGAAGGAUUUCAGAAGUCAUUACUAGAGAGACUAAAUGACCUUUAUCCGGACGAUUGCGGAUACAAAGUCAGGUUGCACGAGAACUACAGAACUCAUGACGUCAUUUUGAGGUUCACAUCUAACCUUUUCUAUGACUACAAAUUGUCAUGCGCAAUGCCACAGGAAGGACAUCCCGAGUUUUACCCUCUGGCGUUUUACACCGUGUUAGGCGAGGACGAGCCGUGCGGUCUGAAAGAAGGAUUUUGCAACAAAGCAGAGGUAUGCGAAGUUGUUGACCAAGUUGCACAGUUGAAAGAGAAUUGGCCUUCAAAACAUUGGGGUGAAUUCAGUUCAAAGAGCAUAGGCGUUGUUGCACCGUAUAGAAUGCAGGUAAAGCUAAUCCGAGAUGGUCUGCGUAAAAGAAACAUCAAAGACGUUUCCGUAGAAAGGGUUGCCAACGUGCAAGGAAAGGAGUUUCGAGUUGUUAUCAUGAGCACAGUCAGGACAAAGGAAACAUGUACAGAAGGCUAUGAGGAGACUGAUCAAUUCGACUUUGGGUUUCUUUCAAACGUGAAGUUCUUGACCACAGUUAUAACAAGAGCCAAAUCGCUUGUGAUGACUAUCGGGGACCCAAUUGCACUGUGUUUGGUGGGACAAUGUCGAAAGGUGUGGGAAACGUACCUUAACGACUGCAACACACAUGGAAGUUUCUAUGGACUAAAAUGGGAGCAAUACCUUAAGAUGAGAAAUAUAGAGCUGACCACUCUAAACCCAAUGGCGGAUGAAUUCUACCCGAAGGCAACACCUGCUUCGGUAGAGGAAGCAAAAAAUAAUAAUAAAGCAGAACUUAAAACUGCAAACGAUUCCUCUAAAAGUUCACCGAAGUUACCACAUGUGACAUUCGAACAAGAACAGUUUAGAACAAGCGAGUUGCCAAAUACAAAGGAGGAAACUAGUAUACCAAUUAAUGGAACUUUGUUGGACAGUGCCAAAUCCGGUGUUUUACAAAGUGCUAUAGAGAUUGAACACGCUGACAAUUGUCUGGACGCAACAAAAGCAGUAGAGGCUUUAACACUCCAUGACAGUCAUUUAAAUGCAGACAGUUGCAAAUCAUUACACCAGCCAAACGGACAAAAAGAGAAUGUAUCCUUGACUGGUACCAGCACUGUUCUAGACUUUAAAUAUACCCACGAAAAGGAAGAUAACCCAUCCGCUUACCAAGGAUCAAUGAAACACCAUUGUCCGUCGAUAGUCAGUUUAGGAGAAAGUUCAGAAACCGGUUAUUGUAGUUCAAUUGGAAUCGAGUCCGACGACAUCUCUCCGGAAUUAAAACAGUCUAUAUCAACAGUAACUCAUAAAGUUGACGAUCAUUCAUUGAAAAGGUUGACUCUCGACCCGAUUUCACCUGAAAGCAAGAGCGAUGAAACCGGCAAGUCAUCCAAAAAUAGCAGGAAGAUAAAGACGAAAAUACAACAUCCGGAGGUCGAUGAGUCCAGAAAGUUUUCCAUAACUACUAGCAAAAAGAAGACGAAACGGCCACAACCGAAAGUCGCUAAUGUCAAACCUCAGCCAUUUUCAGAGUCGCAACCAAAGAUGGAAACCUGUACAGCACAGAUGGUCGACCAAGCACGGUUUGAUCAAGAAAUAAGUACAAAUGAACAGAAGGAGGGGCUACAGCCUACGGAAGCUAUCCCGUCACUGGAACAUUUAGCUAGAACCUAUGAUUGGAGAAAGUUUAUGAUGCAAAAGUCUACAGUAGCGAACUUGAAAUCGCGUUUUAAAAUGCCUGCUUUGCAACCAACUGUUGAAGAACACAGCAAUGAUAGACUAGAUGUGUCGGACGUUCUCAAACUUGACGGGAAAAGCAACCCUAGAACAAGUGUCAAAGAUACAUCGGACCCCAGUCAAAAACAACACAUUUCUUACAAAAUCUCCACUGGCAACGUACGUACCAAGUCUAGCCCAGGAAAGAAAAAGACUAAACAGCAGAAAAUAAUAAGCCUAUGUGACUUCUCUGGACCUUGGCAACCCACAAUGCCUCGGCGUUCAGUGCAGCCAGAAAUAUCUUUUGCUGAUGCUGUAAGAUCCGAACCUGCAAAGGAUCAAGAAAUCCUUAUACCGGCGACGUAUAACGAUGAUCCUAAAUACACUCAAUCCCGGUUAGAUGAAGGUCAAAGAUACUCAAGCGAUGGCAAUUCACGGAGGAAUGAUUACUCUCACCCUUUCCACAACCAAUAUAUGGAUCCAGCUAGGCGAAAACCAGAUGGAUUCGGGCCGUUUUAAAAAUGGUUUUAAGACAUUUUAUUUAUAAAUAUGUUUUGUAAUUUCUGUUUGAGUUGAAGAUUUCUAUGAACGUUCCUAUAGUGACAAUUUUAUUAUUAAAAAAGUCAAACAUUAUGGACAUGUAAUUGUUGAUAAAUGUUGGAAAAAGUCCGAGGUUAUGAGCUAAGCUUACUGAGCCCGUGUUUUACUGACCGUUCCAAGGCGGUAAUAUGAUCAUUUAUCGUAUUUCUAUAUCGUUUUCGUUCUAGUGAGGUGGAUGUUUGGUCUGUUUGUGGUGUGUAUAUGUGUAAGUGGUGUUUACCAACUUGUGCAUCUAGCUCAUUGUCGUUUUGGCGCUUGUCGUAUGCUUCUCACCAGCGUAAUUUAAGACUCCGGCUGCAUGGCUUGCCAUUGUAGUUACCAUUGUAUUAGUGUGUUAUACUUAGGGUUUUAGAAGCAUCUAAAAAAACAGCGAACAGCUAUACCUCAACAUAGUUGAUUUAGCAAUUGCCAACAACUGGUGUAUGUGAUCCUUUGACCGAUUGAUCCGAAAGCUGCUAAAGCUACUUAUGUCAAUGAAAUGUUAUCUUGGGCAUGUUUGGGCAUGUUUGUUACGCCUUGCAAAAUAAAAAUAAUGCAAGUUUGAUACACUUAGACCCCAACUGUUUUAUUGGCCAUUUUAUGAACCUUUCCUUUUUUAAAAAAGGGAUAAGACCGUAAUAUAAGACUAGAUGUAUUUAAAUAAACAGGUUAAAAUCCCAAUUCAUUCUGGCAAUAGCUUAGCUGUCGAAUGAAUUUCCUUAAUUAUCGAUAGUUGGUCUUGCGCUUAUUGAUAAGGACAAUUAAUGUUUAAUAUCGUGUAGACACAGUCAACGCUAAUGUGUUUGAAUUAUGUUUGUAAAUUUACACUUUUUAUGUUAUGUAAAUAUUAGAGAUUUAAAUAAUGUAUGAAGUGAGAUGCUGGCUUCGAACAAUUUUGACCAAACUUGAGUUGAAUAAAUUGAAGUAAUUUACACGUUGUAGACUAAAGUAUUGAAAGUCAUUGAAAAGGGUGCGUGCAUAUUAUAUGCUAUUUAUAUAAUUGUGUUUAUAUACUUUGUUUGUAUAAAAAACAUCACUCUCCUUGUACUUUUUUCUGCAACCAUUACCGAUGAGAACUGAUCCUCUGUCAAAACUUUCUGUUAUAAUUUGUACAUUUUUGAUAGAGCGUCACAUAUUUUACAUUUUGUUCGAGCGUAAAUUGUUGUACAUUUCUCUUAGAGCGUUUCAGGUGUACAUUUUUGUUAGAACAUUGUAUGUUUUUUAUAUAUGUUAUAAUGUAAUAUGGUGAAUGUAUUUGAUAGAGCUAUUUAUGCUGUACCCAUAAGUUACAGCGUUAAAUCUUGAACUUAUUAGUUAGAGGGUUAUAUGUUGUACUAUGUGGUAGAGCGUUAAAUGUUGUACCCUAUAUGUAACAGCGUUAUAUAUUGUACAUUUUUAAUACUUUUUUAAUCAUUCUAUAUUUACAAAUAUUAUAUCACGAAGGACAAUGAAAACACAUGUUAACACAUCAUUUAAACAUGUACAAAGGUACGUGUUAUUUGUAUAUUUUAAUACAUUUUGUUUAAUAUUAAUAUCUGAAUGAUACCCCAUGUAAAAUUCAUUGUACAAUAUUGUCUAUUUUGAUGGCUACCAAAGCAGGUAGCCUUUUAUUUAAUCUUCCAUUACUAACGUGUUUUAUACAUAUAAAUAGAUGUUUUAUAAUUGUUGUAAUCACUUUUUACAAGCUAUUUUUGAUCGACAUUGUUUUGUAAACGUGUACAUACUUUACAUUCGAAUUUGAAUUUAGGUUUGUUGUAUGGUUUCAAUAGACGACCGCCCAAUUGAUUUCAAACUGCAUUCUUUGUUCAGUUUAGCGAUCUAAUGGCUAACUAGUAUGAUACUUUAAAUCAUAAUACUUUGCACAAUAAAAUUUCUGUACAAAAUGCUUUGAAACGAUCCUAAAUAUGGCGUCUAUGAUGAGCUAAAUUCCUAUAACAAUCGUAAAUAUCAUGUUUUGUUUCUUUAGUUAAAUAACCGUAUGGAUUUUGAUUUAAUGUAUCAUGAUAAUAAUAUAAUAUCUUCCUUUUUUCUUUAUCAUUUGUCCUCGUUGUGAAGAUAAAAUGUACUACUUUGUAGUAUUCGUGGUUUUUGAAGAUGAUUUCCUGAAACAAAAUAUAGGGUUGAAUAUAGCAUCCUAACAUAACUAACCUUUUGGUCCUUUGAUUUUUUGAAAAUUUUGCAAAUUCAUGUUAUCUUUAAAACCGUCUUUGGCUGACUCUACUAAGCUUUAAAUCCUCUGAUUUUAUAAAAUAUUUGCAGAUUCAUGUUAUUUUUAAACGGACUUUGGCUGGCUUGGAAUGUUUGGCAUGUGGCGUCAUUUUCUUCAAAUAUUUUACAUAGGUAAUCAUUUGGAAGAAAAGAUUAGCUAAUAUAUGUCGCUUUUAGUUUUAAUAAUGUUUUCUUUAUUUGUUCCCAGUUUUAGUUCAAUGAUGCUUUUUAUAAUGAAACUCUAUGAUCACACAGUUUUAAACAUUUCAUUUUAUAAGGCAGACUGUGUGUGAUGCUCAUAGUUUCAAACAAUGACUGCAUCGUAUCUUUAAAUAGUUUUUGCAUUAGGUGCUCUGAAUUGUAUUCCUCCGUCUGCAGAUAGAGUUGGGAUCUCUAAUCAUAGAAGUACAUGGGGUUUAGUUUAUUAGUAUUUGUUUUAUUAUUAAGUUUCCUCAAAUUGUUGCAUACUUUAAUAAGAUUUACCUUUUACGUUUUCUUUAUUCAGGAUUGUUGGGAUCAGAGCGAGGUUUGUGCACGUCCUUGAUAAACAUACCUAGUUUUGCUAUAAAGUAUAUAUGCAAUGUGCAGUUUGUGGAGUUUUAGGCUGUUGUUCCAUGCUUCUUGUUUGUGAUUUUUUGUUUUUGUUUAUGUCUUUGACGCUUACCCAGUGCCAUUAAACGGGGUUUAUGUUUAAACAUUUGGUUACUGAGCUUUUUUCUGUAGUUUUUCACAAAAGUAUUAGAGUCGUUUUAGUUUAUAAGGUUUCCUGUCUUGCUGACUGAUUUGAAUGUAAUCAUAUCAAAAUUAUCUUUAGUUGCAUUAAA